ACUUGUGUCUUGAGUGUUCAUGUGUUGUUGUCUGUAUCAUAGCUCUAAGCCAGACAUCACGUCAUGAUUCAGAUAAGAAAGAACAUGGGGUACCUGUAUGUGUGCACAUUAAUACAGUUCAUACAAUCAUUCACACUAUUGAAUUAAAGUCUUCAGCAAAGCACUGACUCAUUAAUAAAUUAAGCAUAAAUUAAUUGAUUAUUCAUCACUGUUCAUCCCACAAUGUUGUCAUUCUGUUACAUUGUUAAAAACUAGCAAUUUCUUACACUGUGUUUGUUUUCAUCUAAAUUAGAAUUACAUGGGCAACCCAGACAUUGUUAAGUUUUCUUAAAUCAUUUACACUUCAUCAGUUUUACUUGGGUUUUGUUUGUGUAAGUAAAAGUGAAAGUAGUAGUGCUUGAGUGCAUCUUUCUCUCUUUUCCUCACAGAUGAUUUUCAGCUUGUUAUUCCUCAAACAGAAGCACAGAUUUCUAUGGGGUCUGAAAUCAAUGUUCCUUGUCACUUGACUCCUGAAAUCUGUGCCAUUGGCAUGCAGAUCAAAUGGUUUAAGGAGACAGACUGUGUUUGCAUCUACAAGAACAGACAUGUGAUCGAGGGGAGGAGCUACAGAGACAGAGUGAGUCUGGACACUCACGUACUGGAGAGAGGAAAUGUGUCUUUACAUGUAAAUAUCUUCAGUGUCUCAGAUGUUGGUGAUUACUACUGUCAGGUCAUCAGUGGAGGCAGAACACAACAGAUUACAGUAGGAGUGAGCAUAAAACCUGAAGUCCAACCUGUGAGUCAGUCACCAAGAUUUCAAGGUCGAAGUAUUCAUCUAAAGCUGUUUGAGAUAGACAAAGUAUGGACUAAACAGGAGACAGACAUAAUGAAUAAAUCUGCUCUAAUGGCUGGUCACUACAACGGAACUGCAGCGCCCCCGCGUGGACACAGUGGUCUAAUGCAGCAUCUCACUUGUGAAGGUGGAACGUGCACGGAUAUCUCUUAAAAGCUAAAAUUUUCAAAUGCUAAACAUCUUUUGACAACAUUAUGUCAUUAUCAUUACCCAUUUAAAGAGUUGGAAUGAAUGUGUGUCACAUGAGGUACUUUGUUGAAACAGUUUAAAAAUGUGAAAAUAAAACAGAUUGCCUAUUAAAGUUGCUUUCUUGCAUCAGUAAUAUAUAAAUAUAAUGUGGCUAUAAAUGUCUUAAUGCAGGUAAACUGAUUCUUCUAUAUGCAGAGAAAUCUGUAUAAAGUAUCAGGAGUUAUUUUUAAGAAAAUCUCUCUCGAACUGAUAACUGUGUAAUAUGUAAUAUUGUUGAUAUUUAAAGUAUUGGGUUUAUAUAAGUAUUUUAAUGUACCAAUAGCAGAAAUUGUAAAUUGUAUAAACAUUCACACUAUAUUUCUUAGAAACACUUACACUGUGCAAACAUUAAUGUAUCAAAAAGAUAUCUGCAGCUGAUCCUAGAUCAGCUACAUUCACUCUUCUCUUCUCCUGA